ACCGCCACUUCACCUCAUCAACCCGCUCCUUUCGCAACGCUCUUUGCCUUCACUGCUGUGCUGCUCUUGUGCUUGUUUCACUUACGCUCCUUACCAACGCCGCGUUCACACUGCGGCUCUCACUUUAAUCUACUGCAGCCUCUUUAGGCCUCCGGCAUGGCCAACAUUCCGCUUCACUGCAAUAUUUGCCCCAAAAAGCCCAGCUUCAGCGAUGUUUCACAUCUACUCACUCAUAUUGCCAGCAAAGGUCACUUGUCCAAUUACUACAAGGUCAAAGUCCGGUCCACCAACGAGGAAGCAUCUCGCCGCCUCGUUGAGACGUACGACCAGUGGUAUGCCGAAUGGGCUGUCGAGGAGCUGAUGUCGGAGCGGAUGAAUCAAAAGGACAAACGUCGCACUCGUGCGAGGACCACUGCCCGACCCGUGCCCACGCAUCCGCUCAAGAUUGAAGCCCCAGUGCCACGCCCCGUACGUCGUGUUGCCGCAAGCAACCUCCUUGAUCCGCGUCUAUCAGGGCAGCAGCAUACCAUGAUCAAACUGGAGCAUUCACCUUCGCCAACGCCCCAGGCUAAUGGACCGGUCCUCCGCAACCGCAAUACCUUCGCGCCUCAUAUGCAAUAUUGGCCUACAGAGUCACGCGCCAGCUCCCGUAGCUACACCAACCAAGAUUACGACACGUCUAGUGAAUACUCAGACCCGAGCGAGAGGCGGAGACCAUACCGGUACACCGCUGCAGCUAAAUAUGCUAUCGAGGACGAGCCUGCCGAGGUCGUGGACCCAAUGGCCGUCAGUGAGUCAACCAAACUCAAGGGGGUAUACUGGCCUGGGAUGGACAUCUUCGACUCUGCUACCCCAGAGAUGCGUCGUAAAAGGAACCAGAAGAAGGACAGCUCUGUCGUGGAACAACUGGAACUCAACUCUCAAGAAGUUGAGGCUACUGAGCUCAUCUUCACCCCAUUGGGCACUUUCAAACGCCAACGCAGAAUUUCAUGCUCUGAGUCUGACGAAGACGAUGAGACUGAGAUAAAAGCUGAGAGUCCUCAACCAGUGCGCAGACGGCCUGCACUCGCCAAUCUUGAUGCCAAUGCUACUCGCCGCUCUACCAGACAAUCCAAGCGACCUGUGUUUCCCUUCCUCAAUCGCAAUCAAUACGACGAGGACCGCGGUCCGUCUGGGUAUGACCACAGUCACAAUAACUAUGCUCCAAAGCGGAAGCGAUUCGAAGUCUUUCAAGACAAUGAUGAUGUUCCGUUCUCGCAACCCAGCAGCAUGAAUUAUCUCACGUCUGGAUUCACACAUCAAGCAUCUCCCUCCCCAGCACCUGUGUUCACUUCCUACAAACCCUUCAACGAUCCUUUUCAGUACGAGAACAAGGAGAACAUCCUACCCCCGUUCCAUCAGACAGGUUACAGCAACUUUGACGGGCAACAAAGCAAUGGCUAUCAGUAUCCCACCUACUCCUAUGGCAUCGGUCCUGAUCAGCAGGCCUUCCAGUACACUAGCCAUCUCUACAACACCACAAGCGCCUACCACCAACAUGAUCAGGAUGAUGAUGACCAACGCACGAUUACAGCGCCGCCUUCGCCAUCUACGAGCUGAGUGCUUAUCACUUAUGCAGAGCUACCCUUGAACUCCUCAAUGCGACACUUACCCCGCGCUGUCAUCAUGUCGCAACGGAUACCCACUUUUCACACUCGUUCCAUCUACCGGCUUAUGCGUGCGACUUACCUUUAUGCGUUACGUUUUGGUGUUCGAUUCAUACAUGGCGUUACAUAAUUUACACCGCGAUGACUAUCGGCAUACGGUAUAAUGUAGUAUGAUUUCCUUUCGAGAGACACGCUACGGGAUCGCUGGACAGAUACUCAGGCAUGUUCUUUUCCAUUUCUAUGCCUCACUCUACUGUAAACUUUCAUAGCAAACAUGGGCUUGCUGGUGAGAAGCU